GAUUUUAACAGCUGAUUGUCAAAUCGGCGAAGAAAUUAGAAGUAUUCAAAUUUUUUUGUUAUUUAACAAAAUUUUAAGGCAAAUAGAAACUCAAAACUAAAAAAAUGUCUGGAAAACUGAUCCUACGCCAACUUUUUCGACAGAGCAUGGUCGCACCACGUAUACAUAUGCUUAAACGAUACGAAAGUGCAUCUACAGCUACUGGUGAGACGAACAAUACCAAGCAGCCAACAUUUAACAAAGACACAUUGAAACAACUUGUCAAUACCAAUAAGGUUGUAGUCUUCAUGAAAGGAAACCCAGAGGCACCGAAAUGUGGUUUUAGUAAUGCGGUGGUGCAAAUAUUGCGAAUGCACGGAGUUCAGUACGAUGCUCAUGAUGUACUCCAAAGCGACGAAUUGCGCCAAAGUAUCAAAGAGUUUUCAGAUUGGCCUACCAUCCCCCAGGUUUACAUGAAUGGCGAAUUCGUUGGCGGCUGUGACAUUUUGUUACAAAUGCACCAAAGCGGCGAUUUGAUAGAAGAGUUAAAGAAAGUUGGCAUAGAAUCAAUUUUGCUGACUGAGGCAACAAAACAAGAUAAAAGCGCUCCAAAAGACAGCACCUCAAAUCAAAAGUGAUGAGGAUGACAUAUUGAUAUACUCGUAUUAGUAAUAAGAAAACUUGUUGCAAUUUUUUGUUAUCCCAGCAAAGAGACAGCUUUAAAAUAUGUCGCCUCAACUAAAAUAUUAAUAAAUGAUUAAAAAGAA